UCGCUGGGGAGUAGGAGCUCGUGAGUGCAGUUCGGCUUGUUGUCCAGGCGGCUGCGCGUGCCGCCGUACCUGGCAGCGGCAGCAGAAAGACGGUCAGCGGUCAGGAAAUCACAACGGUCAAAAGCUCCGCGGAGUAAUCCUCCUCCUCCUCCCCCGCAUCCUCACACUCACCCCCCGCCGCCAGCAUCACUGUCCCCGGGGGGACGAGCAUAGAGAGACGGGGGUCCAGCGCCAAGAGGACCGAGCAAGCAUGGACCCCCAAACCAAGGACCGCAUCGGCAGCAGCCCGGCUGCGGGGGGCUUCAGCGGACGCCUGGCCUCCCUGGGAGCCGACGGCGGAGACUCGGAGUCCGGAGCCGGCUCGGAGGAAGCCACCGCGGGUAGCUGCAGCGACACGUUCAGUGGCAGUCUGCCCGACAUGGAGCAGGAGAGUCUGGAGGAGAAACUGCGAGGACUGGCGUUCAGGAAGCAGACCUCGUACCGGAAGGCGAUUUCACGCUCAGGUCUGCAGCACCUCGGCCCUCCUCAACCUUCACUGCCUCCUGCAACCAACGGCCCCAACAAGGAGCUGAGGACCUGUGUGGACUGGACGGAGAACGCCAUGAACGGGGAUCACCUGUGGAUGGAGACGAGUUGUUCGGGAGAGCUUUGUUAUCUGGGAGAGGACACCUGUCUCCUGAAGACUGCAAAGUCGGCCCCCAGGAGGAAAUGUGCGGCCUGUAAGAUCGUCGUUCACACCGGCUGCAUAGAGCAGCUCGAGAAGAUCAACUUCCGAUGUAAACCCACGUUCAGAGAGGGAGGGUCCCGCUGCCUCCGAGACCAGAACACACUGAGACAUCACUGGGUUCACAGACGGAGACAAGAAGGCAAAUGUAGACAAUGUGGAAAGAGUUUCCAGCAGAAGUUCUUCCACAGUAAAGAGAUCAUCGCCAUCAGCUGUUCCUGGUGUAAACUGGCGUUCCACAACAAGGUGACGUGUUUCAUGCUGCAUCAGAUCGAGGAGCCGUGCUCACUGGGGGCCCACGCUGGAGUCAUAGUCCCGCCCUCCUGGAUCAUCAAAGUCAGGAAACCACAGAGCUCACUGAAAAACUCUGCCAGGAGGAAAAAGCGGACGUCUUUCAAACGAAGGACAAGUAAGAAGGGACUGGACGAAUCAAAAUGGCGUCCGUUCAUGUUGAAGCCUCUCCCGUCGCCUCUCAUGAAGCCCAUCUUGGUUUUUGUAAAUCCAAAAAGUGGGGGCAACCAGGGUGCCAAGGUGUUACAGAUGUUCAUGUGGAUCUUGAACCCGCGUCAAGUGUUUGACCUGUCACAGGGCGGACUGCGGGAAGCGUUGGAGUUGUAUCGAAAAGUGCCAAAUCUGAGGAUCCUCGCCUGCGGAGGAGACGGGACGGUGGGCUGGAUCCUCUCUGCUCUAGAUGAGCUGCAGAUGAACCCCCAGCCUCCGGUGGCUGUUCUUCCUCUGGGAACAGGAAAUGACCUCGCCAGGACGCUGAACUGGGGCGGGGGCUACACGGACGAGCCCGUGUCCAAGGUCCUGUGUCACGUGGAGGACGGGUCGGUGGUGCAGCUCGACAGGUGGAACCUGCAGGUGGAGAAAAGUGCUGCCCAGCCGGAGGAGGGCACGCAGAAGCUGCCUCUCAACGUCUUCAACAACUACUUCAGCCUGGGCUUCGACGCUCACGUCACACUGGAGUUCCACGAGUCCAGAGAGGCAAAUCCAGAGAAGUUUAACAGUCGCUUCCGCAACAAGAUGUUCUAUGCAGGAGCUGCGUUCUCAGAUUUCCUCCAGAGAAGCUCCAGGGAUUUGUCCAAGCACGUCAGAGUGGUGUGUGACGGCACAGACCUGACGCCCAAGAUCCAGGAGCUGAAGUUCCAGUGCAUCGUGUUUCUGAACAUUCCCAGGUACUGUGCUGGCACCAUGCCGUGGGGAAACACCGGCGACCACCGCGACUUUGAACCCCAGCGCCAUGACGACGGCUGCAUCGAGGUCAUCGGCUUCACCAUGGCGUCACUGGCGGCGCUGCAGGUUGGUGGACAUGGAGAGAGACUCCAUCAGUGCAGGGAAGUCGUGUUAACUACCUUCAAGACCACACCUGUGCAGGUGGACGGUGAGCCGUGUCGUCUGGCCCCCUCCACUCUCCGCAUCUCCCUCCGAAAUCAGGCCAACAUGGUCCAGAAGAGCAAGAGACGAACCUCAGUGCCCCUGCUCAACGAUAUUCAGAAGGUGUGUGCAGCUGAUCUGCGCCGCCUCUCUGCUCCCCCCGACUCCUUCUCUGUUCCUCACGCAGUUCCAGAUCGCCUCCGUCUGCGAGUGAAUCGCAUCGGCCUCCACGAGUACGACAGACUGCAGUACGACAAAGAGCGACUACGUGAUAUCUCCAUUCCUGUCGGGAUCGUGGUGGUGAGAGGAGACUGUGACCUGGAGACGUGCAGACUCUACAUCGACCGAUUACAAGAGGAUUUACACCAGGCGCCAUCUACAGGCCACAGAGUGCACUACCAGGACGAGAGCCGAGGUUUCCCCAGGACCAGCUCAGCGAGUCGACUCUCUCCAAACUGGAGCUUCUUGGACUCGACGUCAGCUGAUCGCUUUUAUCGCAUCGACAAGGCUCAGGAGCAUCUUCACUUUGUGACGGAGAUUUGUCAGGACGAGGUUUUCAUCCUGGACCACGAGACUCCUGUGGUGAACCAGGCCACGACGUCGGGGAUGCCCGACCUGGUGGUGGAGCCCUCUGCUGGUACUCCGUUGACGCCAGAUGAACAAGCUUUGUUGACGGCGGCGCGGUCUGGAGAUCUGUCGAUGUUGUCCGAGUGUGUGCGUCGGGGCGUCAGCUUGUUGGUCAGAGACUCCGGUGGUUGUUCGGCGUUACACGUCGCCGCUCAGAAUGGACACGCAGACGCGGUCAGCUUCAUCCUGCAGCAGGGCUCCAAAGUUCUCCUGGAUCUAACAGACAGAGAGAAAGGGGACACCGCAUUGCACAAAGCCGCCUCUGAGAAGCAGCAUGCAGUUUGUCGUUUGCUGGUUGAGGCCGGAGUGUCGCUCGAGAAAACCAACUUCCAGGGGAAAACACCAGUGGAUCAGGCAUGCGGUGACUCAGCGCUCGUCUCUUACCUGAGCUCCAGACGACACACACCUGCUGCUGCACACGACGACCUGGAGACGGCAGUCUGAGGCGCGCGCACGCACACACACACACACACACACACACACACACACGUACACUGUGUGUGAGAAAAGACGAGGAGGAGGAAAAACAAACUGAAGAACUGCUUUUUCCACAGCAGUGGACAUUUUAAAGCUCAACUAUUUAUUUGUAUUUAUUUAUUCAUAUUCUAUUUAUUGAUUGUGCUGGUUGAUUGAUUGUGUGAUUGAUCGAUUGAGGGACUAUCAGACGGUUCGGGAUGACCGUGCACUUUGAGCAGCCAGUCAUGAGUCGACGUUUCUCGUGUCGUGAGGGAUUUUAAUCACAGUUUAAAAUCAGGAUUUCAAAAACAGAAGCAGAGCCGAUGGGAAUAUUAAAGUUUGAUGCGUUUGCUCCAUUAAACAUGUGCCAAAGACGUGACGUCCAUUCACAGAAUCCAGACUUUCAUCUUCAUCAUCAGUGUUCGCAGCAGUUCAUCUGUGUCUGUCAUCCAAAUUACACACUAUAUAUGUAAUCCCAGUGAGAUUAAGACGCUCUUCUUUUGAGAGAGACGUGGCCAAAACAGACUGAACUGUUAAAACUGUGUAAAACUGAGAAAAAGAACACGUUUUAGACAAAAUAAGACAUACACAGGAGGAUUUUAACUUUGUAAAUGUAUUCAAUGACCUCCAAUUCUUAAAUUCUGAGUUUAAACUUUAAUUUAAUGAGAUUAAUUCAAGUAUUUUCUGCAGCAGGUUCCGUGUCGCAGACACAAAACUUUUGGAACGGGAAAAUUGUCGUGAUUUUUGUUUUUUUUAAUCACUUUUGCGUUUUUACGCAUUAUUACGAGUGUUUCACAAACAAAAACAACCGUAAACAAACAGGAAACAUGCAGUCGCGUUUUUACACUGAAAGAAACAUUUUAACUUAAAAAAAUAUGCAAGUUAUAUGAAAGAAAUUGCUCAUUUGAGUUCAUACUAAGGUUUAGUUUGUCGGCCAUUUUCUUUUUUCCGGUGUAAGCAACCAAAUUUUACUGAAAAUAUUUUGCAAAGAAUCCACAUUUCAUUUUGUUUUCUUUGUUAAAAAAAUGUCAAAAAAGUAUCAAAAAGAAACAAAAUUAAAGUCAAACAUGCUUCUUUGUGUGUGUGUGUGUGUGUGUGUGUGUGUGUGCGCAGCAUUUAUCGCAGAUAAGAGACGAAAAAUCUGAGCCAUAUUCGAUGCAAUAUGAGUUUGUGACGUCAGUUUUUACAUUACAUUAAUGUUUUGAACUUUGUCGACCUUUUAGCGCCGAGGACUCGUGAAUGUGCGAUUUUUACGUCAACGCUGCUUCGGUUUACGAUUGUCUCGUUGUUGUUGUUGUUGUUGUUGUUGUUGUUUUGUUUGUUUUUAUUUUUGCGUUCAUGUUUGUUGGUGGAUUUUCAAAACUCUUUGUGAAAUUAUUCCGAUAUUUACAGUUUGGGACCGAGAAUUUAAUGUUUAACGCCAUCGUAGAAGUUUUUAAACGCGUCAUUUUUUUAGCUGCUACGCUGGCGCAGUAUUACAGCUGCUGUCAGCGAUGUCGUCUUUUAGCUAACUUCCUGUCUGUUGCUGCUGUUAGCAUUCCCCUCCCCUCUUCUCAUAUCAUCUGAGGGGGCGGGGCAUUUCUUUUGGCUUCCUGGUUUUAUAAAGCGUGGAAAGGUUUCUCCGAGAUUUUCGCCAGUUUUUUUAGCUAACUGUGGUUGUAGAAACGUUUAUUUACGCAGACACAAAACGACGUACGAUUACCUGCCUGCGGCCAAUGCUAACGCUAAGUACAGUAGUAGAAUCAAGUGGGUUUUUUUGUAAGUGUCUUGUAAUUUUUUGCCCAUUUUCAUUCGGAUUACGCACUAACAACAUCGGACAUCAGAAGAAGAAUCUCAACCAGGACUCAACGUUAUGCAGAUUUUCUCUGUUUUGCUACUUUAAUUUAGCAUAUGCAGGAUUAGCAGAAAAGUUUUGUCGGGGCUUGCGAAAAAAAAAAAUUCUUUACUUAAAAUGAAAAAAACGUAACAUACAUUUUAUAUCUCUGAAAAGUUGCGAUUUUUCUACUCAAAAUAGUAUUAGCUACCACGAAACACAGAUAAAAAAAACAUUAUCACAGACAGAUAAUGUUUGGAAAUCGCAUGCAAAGAAAUUUGCAAUUCAUAUUGUGAACAUGGUUGCGAUUAUUAUUUGACGUUAAAUAUCAAAAGUUGUAGAUCAGUGUCAGCUGAUCGGAAUGUACCGAUAUUUAACUUUUUCCAAUAAAAUUUCAUGAGCCGAGGCUGAAAAUUUCCCCUAAACUAUUGGAAAUUUAGAUGUAUUAUUUUUUCAUUUGGAGAAGUAUUUUUAUGCGUAUUUUAACUUGUCAACAUUAACUAUGAUAAAUAAUCGGGUUUUUUUAUUUUAUUUUAACGUUAAUGCAGAACUUCUAC